AUGGCAAAUGACUUGACUUCACUGAUAGCUAAUGUUAAUAUUAGUGAAGUCAAGAAUAGCUUAUUCAAUAUUGGUGGUCUGAAAACCACCGGUGUGGAUGGUUUCCAGCGUGUUUCUAUCAAAACCAAUGGUAUUUAUGUGUGUGUCUCCUCUGUCACUUAUCAGAUCUGUGUGAAUGGGGAACUUAUUGAGUCUUUCACUCCAAGAAAGGGUAUUAGACAAGGUGAUCCCUUAUCCCCUUAUCUCUUUAUGCUAUGUAUCGAAAAACUCUCGCAUAUCAUUGUUGAUGCUAUUGGGAAGCAUACAUGGAAACCCGUGAAAUCUUCACAAUCUGCCCCUACUAUCUCCCACUUAUUUUUUGCUGAUGACUUGAUUCUCUUUGCGGAAGCUAGCCCCUGCCAAGCUAGACUGAUGAAACAGUGUCUGGAGCUCUUCUGUAAAGUCUCUGGCCAAAUCGUCAAUUUUGAUAAGUCAGCAAUCUAUUGUUCCCCCGACAUUAGCAAGGAUAUGGCAACUGAUAUUAGUCGCAUUUAUGGAUCACCUUUCACCGAUGACUAA